AUGACAUUUGCAUCAUCCUAUGAUCCGGCUAUCCUCAAAGGCUCAGACAGCCUAUGGCACCAGCGUCUAGUCUCUAAGGCUCAAAGACAGGUGUCUAGACGUCCUAUGCAUAUUGGAGACCACCCGUUCGAAACAAUGCAUUGGGACCUUAUUCAUUUGGGUCCUGGAAUCAACAAUAUCCACUAUGCAAGCUAUGCGUAUUGUCCAGUGACGAAAUACCACCUAUUAGUCACUAUUGCAAGAAAACACCUGAUCCAAUCAUCAUUGCAGCAAAUGAUUGAUUUUGUCCUUACCCAAUUCGGCAUCCGCAUCAAACGCAUCCACCUAGACGGGGACCGCAAUAUCCACCAGGAUAGGUUUCGGACUCAAGGAAUUGAGGUCAAAACCUCACCGCCCUAUCAACCAGAGCAAAACCCUUUUGCAGAAAGGUCUGGUGCAGUCAUUAUCUCUAGGGCUAGGGCUAUGAUCAUUCAGGCAUCCUUACCUGAAUAUUUAUGGCCUGAAGCAGUCCAAGCCGCGGUCUAUGUGCUUAAUCGAACCCCGAAUAAAAAACUAGGGUGGAAGACACCCUACCAGGCCUUAUUUGAAAGCCUAGACCCUAAACCAGGCUAUAUGAAGUCAAAGCCUGAUUUGUCGAAUCUACGGGUCUAUGGCUGCAAAGCCUUUGUGAGGAUCAAUAAUAUCCCUCGUCUCGCAAAGAUGAAGCCUAGAGCAAUGAUAGGCUACCUUAGAAUAUGGGUGCCUAAGGCCCAUAAGGUUCUUAAUGCAAGAGACUGUGUGUUUGAUGAGAAUAGUUUCUAUCAACCAAAUUCGGCAUACGAUGUGAUAGACGACCAAUCCAAAGAAGCUAUCCAGCCUUUAUCAACACACGAAUUCAACCUAGUCAUUUCCGAGACUAGCAUUGAAGAGCCUCUCGAUAAUCCUUUGACGAUACGGCCUUUACCGGACGAACCAGAACUAUCGUCCGAUGACGACAUUGAAGAACUAUUGUCCAAUGACGAUAUUGAAAAACCUAAAAAUAGGGAGCAUGACUACGAAGACCAAAUCCUCGGCGACCUACCGCCUUCCCCAGACGAAUCAGAAGAAAGAGAAGAAGAAGAAGUGAGGCAAAACCAAUGCGAAAGUGAGGAUAACCUUACUCUAAACGGGACCGAAAACGCACCUUAUUCGGGCAAUUUUAGAGUAAAUGACCCUUCACUUUAUCCUUACCCAGAAGUCGGAAACGCCUCACUUCCCUCUGAACCUUCUUUAUUGUCCCAAAUCACUAUUCCGGCCGAAGACCUUACCCCGGAUGCACGUGUUCCCGACCAAUCACCUAAUUUUAUAGUCUUAAUUGAUAACUCUUCCUAUAACGAGGAAAUGUUGAAUCAAUACGACCACCAUAAACGGGACAGAUCUUCCUCGCCUGACUCAUCAAAUAAACGGCACGCCUUCGCUUCCUUUUAUAAUGCCUUUUCUGCGGCUAUAAAAGAUCAGCCUAAAAAGGUGCAUCAGGACGAUCUUCCCCUUCCACCAGAAUCAUGGGAAGAAAUGCUUAAUCAUCCUUAUAAAGCCGAAUUUAUGCAAGCCGCAGACAUCGAAUAUCAGAAACUUGAGAAUAUGAAUGCAUGGACACCCAUGAAGCGAAAGACCAUUGAAGAAGACCAUAAGACAUACAAAUGGUCUACAAAGCCCCACCGAUGCCCUAGGCACCAAGUUCUACCACUUAGAUGGGUCUUUACCUAUAAAGUGGAUGAAAAUGGCUAUUUAGCCAAAUUCAAAGCUAGAAUUUGUGUCCGCGGAGAUUCUCCAAGUUGA